CCCAGUAACAGAGAUACCCCAGAGAGAUGUUCCCGUCCUCUGUAUUCCCAGGAUUGUACAGAGGAGAAUCACAGAAUCCCACAGGAGGAUCAGGUAGAACGUCUGUCUAAUACUAAAAUACAAGAUAUAGAGGGAGAAAAAGAGACGUAUGUGAAUGAUAUAAAGGCAGAAGAUAUAGAGGGAGAAGAAGAGACGUAUGUGACUGAUAUGAAGGCAGAAGAUACAGAGGGAGAAGAAGAGACGUAUGUGACUGAUAUAAAGGCAGAAGAUAUAGAGGGAGAAGAAGAGACGUAUGUGACUGAUAUAAAGGCAGAAGAUACAGAGGGAGUAGAAGAGACGUAUGUGACUGAUAUAAAGGCAGAAGAUACAGAGGGAGAAGAAGAGACGUAUGUGACUGAUAUAAAGACAGAAGAUAUAGAGGGAGAAGAAGAGACAUAUGUGACUGAUAUAAAGGCAGAAGAUAUAGAGGGAGAAGAGACGUAUGUGACUGAUAUGAACGUAGAAGACAUAGAGGGAGAAGAAGAGACGUAUGUGACUGAUAUGAAGGUAGAAGACAUAGAGGGAGAAGAAGAGACGUAUGUGACUGAUAUGAAGGCAGCAGAUAUAGAGGGAGAAGAAGAGACGUAUGUGACUGAUAUAAAGGCAGAAGAUAUAGAGGGAGAAGAAGAGAUGUAUGUGACUGAUAUAAAGGCAGAAGAUAGAGAUGGAGAAGAAGAGACGUAUGUGACUGAUAUAAAGGCAGAAGAUAUAGAGGGAGAAGAAGAGAUGUAUGUGACUGAUAUAAAGGCAGAAGAUAUAGAGGGAGAAGAAGAGACGUAUGUGACUGAUAUGAAGGCAGAAGAUACAGAGGGAGAAGAAGAGACGUAUGUGACUGAUAUAAAGGCAGAAGAUAUAGAGGGAGAAGAAGAGACGUAUGUGACUGAUAUAAAGGCAGAAGAUACAGAGGGAGUAGAAGAGACGUAUGUGACUGAUAUAAAGGCAGAAGAUACAGAGGGAGAAGAAGAGACGUAUGUGACUGAUAUAAAGACAGAAGAUAUAGAGGGAGAAGAAGAGACAUAUGUGACUGAUAUAAAGGCAGAAGAUAUAGAGGGAGAAGAGACGUAUGUGACUGAUAUGAACGUAGAAGACAUAGAGGGAGAAGAAGAGACGUAUGUGACUGAUAUAAAGGCAGAAGAUAUAGAGGGAGAAGAAGAGAUGUAUGUGACUGAUAUAAAGGCAGAAGAUAGAGAUGGAGAAGAAGAGACGUAUGUGACUGAUAUAAAGGCAGAAGAUAUAGAGGGAGAAGAAGAGAUGUAUGUGACUGAUAUAAAGGCAGAAGAUAUAGAGGGAGAAGAAGAGAUGUAUGUGACUGAUAUAAAGGCAGAAGAUAGAGAUGGAGAAGAAGAGACGUAUGUGACUGAUAUAAAGGCAGAAGAUAUAGAGGGAGAAGAAGAGAUGUAUGUGACUGAUAUAAAGGCAGAAGAUAGAGAUGGAGAAGAAGAGACGUAUGUGACUGAUAUAAAGGCAGAAGAUACAGAGGGAGAAGAAGAGACGUAUGUGACUGAUAUGAAGACAGAAGAUACAGAGGGAGAAGAAGAGACGUAUGUGACUGAUAUAAAGGCAGAAGAUAUAAAGGGAGAAGAAGAGACGUAUGUGAGGGGUGAUCAGCAGUGUAAGGAGGAGGAGAUCCCUACAGAUAUCAAAAGGUGGGCUCUUCCUGGGCAGCUGCCCGGGGUGUCUCGGCGUUGCAACUUUGCAGAGCGGCUACUUGGUCGGGGGGCAAACACGGAUGCCAAGUUUUACAGGUUUGAUACCUUGGCCGAUGAUGACCUCAAGUUUGGUCAAUCAGUGUUGCAGGGUCAUCCUCACUUUCUUGCCCGUUCUGGAGCUUUGAGAAGUCACACAGGUGAGAAGCCAUUUUCUUGCUCUGAGUGUGGGAAAUGUUUUACACAGAAAUCAAGUCUUGUUAAUCAUCACGGAAGUCACACAGGUGAGAAACGAUUUUCUUGCUCUGAGUGUGGGAAAUGUUUUACAUACAAAUCACAACUUAACAUGGAAAUGGCUUCUCAUCUGUGUGACUUCUGUGAUGUUCAACAAGUGCUGAUUUCCGUGCAAAACAUUUCCCACACUCAGAACAUGAAAAUGGCCUCUCACCUGUGUGACUUCUCUGAUGUGUAA